AUGGUUAAUUAUCGUAAAUUAGUGGCCAUUGGUGAUCUCUCUGGCAAAACCUUCGCCAUCCGGACGUUCCUUAAAGACGAACUACCAGAACCUGACCCAAAUAUUCUCGAUAUAGCUAUUACUGACGUCGAAGUAGCUGGGACGAUAAUGGAAUUGGCAGUUUGGGACACUUGUGACAAAGAAAGAUACAAAGAAUUGAGAUUGAAUGCGUAUCAUAACGCGGACGUUGUCUUAAUUUUCUUCUCAUGUUAUGGACAAGACACUUUUAGAAAUAUUAAAGCUAUAUGGGUGCCUGAAGUUAGGAAGCAUGGACCCAAAAAAGUCCCAAUCCUUUUGGUGGGAGUACUCUCUAGGCAAUUGCGAUCGUUUAGACAUGAAGAAUCAAACGACUUGAUUGGACGUGAACAAAUAGACUGUAUGGUACGAGAAGUGGGUGCUGUUGGUUGUGUCCAGUGUUGUGCGGAUAAUAAAUACAAUUUAGACAAAGUAUUUGAGACGGCGGUUGCAGCUACGCUUUAG